AUGGGCGAGAUAUCAGCCGAACCGAUGCGUCCAGCAUCAUCCUUCCACCCGGUGGACAUCGCCCCGACCCGUUCGUCAUACACAUCGCCCCAACCCCCGAAGAAAGCCAAGUCCAUCACCCUGGACUGCACCCUGCGCGACCUAUACACCCUAGACGACGACACAUCGUCCGAACCCGUGAUCCUCGCCUACGACCACCCCUGCAAAUUCCCUCGCGAUCAAUCCACGGACACGGGGCCCGGGCGAUUCCUCUACUCGGCCAACUUCCCCGGCAUCAGCGCGGAGGAAGAAACCCCAAACCUGUACAAGCGCGGCGUGGCGCAGCGCUAUUCCUUCGUGGCUGGCCGCUCCCCGGUCAUCAUGAUCGAUCUGAGCGGUGACGGAGGCGAAGACCUAGCCGCUAUCCUCUCCACGUCAACCAGGGACGCAUACCGGGUGUACGAGCAACUGUGUCCCGAUCAACGGCCCGACGUGAAGUUCGUGAAAAGCCUCCAGGACGUCCAGGGCGGAACGGCCCUCCGCACGGCCCUCAUCAUCCCCCAGGACCAUCUGCGCGAGCUGCCCCAGAUUCUGGAUCCGGAUGAUCACUACGAGAUCCUCUCGAAGCGCUGGCUCGCUGUUUGCGGUCUACCGACACCACCGUCCACAGUUGUGGAUCCCCGACCGGUGGAAUCCUGGGGCGCUGGUCAGCAGCAACAUGCCGAUGGGACCGACGCGGAGAUCAAGCGCAUGCUGCGGCACGUCGAGGAGCGUGCGCUGCCGUUCGUGGUCAAGGUUUCCAUCGCGACGUCCGGUAGGGGCACGUACGUCGUGCGCAGCGAGUCGGAUCGCCAGAGUGCGUUGGACGAGCUGGACCAGGUUCUCGAUGAGACCCUCCACAAGCUCCACGAUAGCAAUCAGAGCCUGUACCCCGCCAGCCUUGUCAUCCAGGAACUAAUCCCCGGGGAGGCCUGUGGUGUGACGUUCUUUGUGACCAAAAAGGGCCGCGUCGUCUACCUGGCGGCCUCGCGGCAGCGGUUCGACGACGAGGGACACUGGAAGGGCGGAUGCGUCUCGUAUCUCGCGCAGCCGGCAUACAAGAAGCGGUACUGGAAUACUAUCGAGACGCUGGCGAAGAAGCUCCACAGCAAGGGCUACUACGGUCCCGCUGGGGCGGAUAUCAUGACGGAUGAAACCGGGACGCAGAUGAUCGUGGAUGUCAAUCCUCGUGUGACCGGCUCGUACCAUUUGGGGUUUCUGAAGGGCCAUUUUAUCAGACGGGGGAUGUUUGAGGCGGCGGUGCUUUCCCAUCUGAUGAUGCGGUGCACGCGGGAUAUGUUCGAGGCGCAGUUCGCGUCGGAGAUUGCGGAUGGCCGGUUGAUCAUCAAUGCGUGGGUGCAUGAUUCCAGUGGGGAGUCCAGCUAUGGUGCUGUUACGGUGGGAGGAGAGGACAGUGUCAGGUUGGGCCGGUUGGUGAAGGCGAUUGAGACAUUUGUUGAGACAGGGGAGUGUGCUGUCAGCGCUGAAUUAUAA